AUUCAUUCAGAAAUAAUAUUACAUCUUUCUUCAUGGUAUCAGAGCCAUAACAAGAAAAAAAACCCUACCCUCCCUACCCUCUUGCGGCUGCCCCUCUUCUCUCUUUGCCGUCUCUGCCAAACCUUCCCAGCCACCUCCCUCUCGGCUGUGGCAGACCCCCCGGUUCUUUCUCCUCUCAUCUCCUUUUUUACUAUGUCGGCUGACAAAACUCCGUCCCCCUCAACCUCUGUCACGGCGAAUCCACCCCACCUUGCUUUUACAACCGUCUCAAACGUCAAACUUCAAGUUCCCGUCCUCUUGAGUUUUUCCGAACCCAAUUACAAGAAGUGGAGCCGUCUCUUCCUCUUACUCGUUCGCCAAUUCAAUCUCGAAGGGUUUCUCACCGGCUCAACCGUUUCCUCCGGCAAAGACGACGUUGAAUGGAUUCAACUCGACGCCCUAAUUCAAGGUUGGAUUUUGUCCACUAUUACGGACGAAGUCUCCGAUCUCAUCAUCUCCUCUACCACCUCCUCGGCCGAUCUUUGGAAAGCUAUCCAUCAACUAUUUCACGACAACAAAGCCGCUCGAGCCAUGCAACUUGAACACAAGUUUUUUAGCACCACCAAAGGCUCGGCCUCCAUCACCGCUUAUUGUCAAAAUCUCCGCAAUAUCGCAGAUUGGCUCGAUGACGUUGAUGCCCCAGUUACCGAAAAUCAGUUGGUUCUUCAAGUACUCCGUGGCCUCCCGGAUGAUCUUAGUGCUCGGGCGUCGUUCUUGCAGUUCCAAAAGCCUCCCCCCACCUUCCUGGAGACACGUUCGGCCCUCCUCCUUCUCGAGCAGCAGCGGCAACCCACCGGAGACCUCGCCGACCACUCCACGGCUUUGGCAGCCGUUGGCCAUCAUGGUGGGCCGCGCUCGGGACACCCAUACCAGCACGGUGGUGUCUAUCCUCACGGCAGCGGACAGGGAGGAAGCAGCGGCGGACUUGGGGGACACUCCAGCGGCGGCGGCGGCGGCUAUCGGGGCGGACGGACGAAUCGUGGCCGUGGUCGAGGCAGAAACAGCGACGUGAAUUCCAGACUUCCCUACGGCAGCAACCCCUGGCAGAUCACCCCUCCUCAUACCGGGCCGGGUCUUUUAGGCCCGCGCCCAAACCCUGGCCCAUACCCUCAAGCCCAUUACACCUCCACUUCUUACCCCCCAAGCCCAUACCCGAACCUCACCCCUUAUUCCUACCCAAAUUCCCUUCCAGCCCAUUACCCAAACUCCCCCCNCACUGCCACCUUCAACCCAAACAGCCCCCACACCCAAACCCCAACAGCCCUCACUCACUAAUUCGAUACCUUGACUCUCCGUGAACCCACGUGGUUCAUGGACACCGGGGCAUCACAUCACAUAGCUUCUGACCCAGGGACUAUUUCUCAUG